AUGGAUCAAAAUAUUUUACCUCAACAAAUCGAGCUCGAUACCUUAGAAGUCUCCCUUGAUAUUGAUGAGGCUGAAGGUAAAAAAUGACCAAAGCAUCAGCUUGAAUCUUAUCGUAGACUGAUGUCCCAAUAUCGGUCUUCUCCUUUACCAUACUUUCGGCAGCAUAUUCUUCACCAGAUUUCUUUGAUUCCCACAAUUAAGCAAGCUCUGUUUCAGAGUUAUGGAGUUCUUAAUUUCUUUGCUAAUAAUCUGAUGAUGGGAGAGUUGGAAUUAGUUCUUUUGUCAAUUCUUAUACGAAAAAUACCAAUAGAAAAAUUUAUUACGAAUCCUUUUUUGAUGAUUGCCAUAGCAUGUCUAAAAUCAAAAAUGAUUUUGAAUGAUGACUAUGAGCCUUUUAUGUGGCUGCUUAAUAGCAUAAUUCCGAAUUUUGUUGUUUCCUUCAGAUUUUAUUUGGAUAUUUUUUCAGAUGAAACUGAAGUAACAAUAAGAGAUUUGAAUAAAUGCUAUAAUGAAAUGGUUAAUACAAACUGAAAAAAUGCGCAGAAAAAUUAUAAAAAAUUAGUUGAUGGCAUAGUGCUUAAAAAGAAAAGAAAAGAAAGAGCUUUACCUAAUGGUAAUUCAUCUUCUUUGCUAGUUUCUGAAAUAAUUCUUAAACAAGAGUUAGAAUUUUUGAAUAUUUUAAUGGCGAAGAUUUCCCUUCAAUCUAAUCAUUUAGAAGAAGGAAUAUUUGCUUCUUUCUUAUAUAAAGUAAAGUAA